ACAAUGCUCACAAUGCUCACUGCGCAUGCGCAUACUUAAGUUAGGUCGUUGUGGUGUGUGCGGUGUGUAAAAAAUCAAUAAGCCACCCUUCGUUAAAAAUGUAAAUCCGAAAAAGUUCAAUAUCGAAACAAUACGUAGACGUAAGUGAGCACAAUUUUAAAUAGGAAAAAAUCAUCAAAUAAUUGCUAGUAAACUAGUUUUAAAUUAAUGAAAACCAAUUAAUCAUUUAGUGUAAAAGUAUAGCCAUUAAAAACAAUAGAAAUUUCAUUCAAAAUAACGAUGAAAAGUUGAUAUAUUGAUGAUGAAAACUUUUUACAUGCCAAGUAGCUAGUCAGUGUGAAAUAGUGAGUUACCAACAACAACAACAAUAGUUACACAAAAAAGAAAAAGCGAACACCGAACGAAAGAACACCACAGAACCGGCAAAUCCGCACAUACGAACAUAUGUCAAAAUUUGAACGACAGCAGUACAAGCAAAAGCAGCGACUAAAAAGGCACACAUUUCGAGUCCGAGUUCGAGGACGGGUCCGAGCCAGGCGCAGUAACGCGAAAUUGGUCAGGCGAACGCGUGUACAGGGCAGCAGGGCACAACGGGAGUCGCCGUAAAUCUACCAACUGUAAGCGCCACAAAACGCUAUUCGUGGACUCACUAAAAUGCCGCGAAUGCCGAUUUACUUCCAGUUUUUAAUAGAACUCUGCGAUUAGGUCUCGAAAAAAAUCCAAAGCAAGCGGGCAAAUGCUAUGAAUUUAUUGUUUCAAGCGAUGCCUCGAAGUGUGCUCUCAUCAACGGAAUCGAACAACGGGCCGAAAUUGUUUUUCCGCACCGCGAAGUAAAACGUGUGGGUGUUUAAUAUCGCUGUGAUAUCGUGACGUAUGUAUGUGUGAGCAGUGGUCAUUGCAAAAAAAAUCUAAAAUAUACAUAUAUGUAUCACGCCUAAAAGCACACUGCAGGUUUGCUAUGCGAGCAUGUGUAGGUGAGUCUGUCUGCCGUGCAGAACAUGUAAGGACCUUAAACACAAAGAAAGCAGUAACAAGCGCGGCAAAGUGUGAAACAGCGAAGUAACGUUGAGUCAAAGUAAACCGAAAACAGCAGAAUUCAUGCGAAAAGACAACGACGACGAAAAGGCAUUCAAGUGCAGAAGACGAAUUGAAUGCAAAGAUAAAUACGAAGACAGCAGCAGCAGCAGCAACUGCAACAACAACAACAGCAAGCUAGCCAGUCAGUGAAGCCGGGCAGCGCUGGCACGGAAACGCUUGUAGUGGGUGUCUCGCCGCGGAGUGGCAACUGCUCAGCGGCAGCGGCGCUAAGGAUAAUGGCGAAGAGCAAAAACACGACAACACAAUGAGCUGCGGUUUCACAAAAAGCUCCUUAAUAAAUUACACAUAACACAUUAGAAAUUGAAACGGUAUGGUGAAAAUGGAAUCCACAGAAGAACAGGAUCGAAAGUUAGUAUUGGAGUUUUGUCAUUUGCUCGAAAAGUCUAAGCAACUCUUCAAUGGACUCAGAGACCUGCCACAAUAUGGUCACAGGCAGUGGCAGGCGUAUUUCGGACGCACUUUUGAUGUUUACACGAAAUUAUGGAAAUUCCAGCAACAGCAUCGCAUGGUAUUGGACUCGAAAUACGGAUUGAAGCGUUGGCAAAUAGGCGAAAUUGCAAGCAAAAUAGGACAGCUUUAUUAUCAUUACUACUUAAGAACCAGCGAAACGAACUACCUGAACGAAGCUUAUCAAUUUUAUGCAGCUAUUAGGGGUAGGGCUUAUUACUCGCGUGCGAUCAAAGAAGAUCGGCCCGAUUUAAUGGUGAAGAAGUUGCGUUACUAUGCGCGAUUUAUUGUUGUUUGUUUGCUGUUGAAGAAAAUGAAGCUUGUUCGUGAGUUAGUGACAGAACUGGAAAAGCAAAUACAGGAAUACACAACAACUUACGAGCCAGAAGACCAUUUAGAAUGGUCAUUAGUUUUAGAAGAGAUCAAAGGUUUUAUAAAAGCUGAAGCUGCCGUGGCUGUUCUUCAUGCGGAUUCCAAUCCCAUCAUACUUUCACACAGUGGUUCCGGUUCUAGGUUGUCGCCGCUAACGACGCCACCAUGUGAACGUUCGCCGCACAUGACGUUGAGCCUGCAGGAGAUACUCAUUGUUGGCUCGGCGUGCGAACAAGCGAAGUUCUCUGAGUUAACAAUGGACAUGUUUAGAAUGUUACAAACGCUCGAACGGGAACCAACGGAAUCAACGCAUCCGAUGAGCAUCACACAUGGCAUGCACGGGCACGAUGCCAGCCCGGCUGCCAGCCGCAUACCACCAUAUGGUGUUCCAGGUUCUAAGGGUUACUUAGAAAAUGGCCGUCAUUAUAGAGACAAUCCUCACAAAUAUUUACUAUACAAGCCUUCUAUUAGUCAACUUCUGGUGUUCUUAGCUAGUGGAUUUAAAGAAUUGCCUCCAGGAGGCGCAUUACUCUUAUAUAUGUCAGCUGAUGGUUGUUUCUCGACUACAAAACAUCCAGAGGACUAUGGCUAUGAAUUGGGUGGCCUUGCUACGAGCGUCAAGCGUGAUGGCGUCGAAGGCGGUGGCAUAGCGUGCCGAGGGAAGUCCUACAAGGAGAAUCAUUGUUUGUAUCCCGGAGACUUGUAUCCAUUCACACGAAGACCAAUGUUCAUUAUCAUCGAUUCGGAUAAUUCGUUUGUCUUUCAACACAUCCCCCGGUACUUUGGCCAACCAUUAGUCAUAUUAAUGUCACCGCAGGAUGUACCGCCCGCAUUCCAAGCUGAUGUCCAACAUCAUGGUUCACUGUUCACAUUGUUCCUGCAUUCCCCCCUGACGGCGCUCUGCUACAUCUGUAAUGUCGGUGAUGUGCCCAUACAUCAUUGGGAGCGCUGCCAAUCGCACGUAGACCGCUUCAUAACAGAGGCAUCAAGACUUGUGACGCGCUGUCGCAUCGAUGAAAUCGAGCAGGGCAUAGGUUUUAUAGACUCAUCGUACGUACAGUUCUUCGGUGAUGACUUCUUACGAACGCUAAUACUACGUUUCGUCUUCUGUGAUGUUGUACUGAGAUUGCAUCGUGGCUUUCGUGGACGUCAUAUGAGACCACGAUGCGAGCCACCAUUGCCAUCCAAUGAGUUACUCGAGCAUCCAUCACUGUCGCAUAUUAUAUUCCAAUUAGCGUCGGCGCUCGAUGUGCGCGGCCAUUUCUCCGACGGACCCGAAUGCGACUGAUGAUUUUUUAGUAAUACUUGUAAAAAUAUUUAUUAUUUAAAUUUUCUUGUAAAGCAAACAAUAGUCAUUAGUAGUACAGCAAUAGCAAGACAAACACGCAAGUUGGCAAAAGUUAACUCUGGCAAUGGCAAUAUGAUUGGGAGUGAUUAUAAGAUUGCGAGCAGAAGAAAUAAAUUUAAUUAUUACGAUAUUUAUUAUAAUAAAAUUAUUGUAAUUUUCUAUGAAAUAUAUAUAACUAUUUACAUUUAUUUUUUUCUUAGUAUCGGUUCCAUAGCGACUUUUUUACAACAUACAUACUUAGGUGCAUACAAGAAAGUUUGUAAAAGAAAUAUAAUUAAUUACAAAUGCAGUAAUUGUAA